AUGGCUAAUGUCGUCGGAAAUCCACACGAUUUCUACGGUUAUACAAGUGGACGAUGGGUUUGGGACGAAAAAGAGCAGCUUCGAGAGAGGUAUCGUGAAUUUGAUAUACUCGAACUGCAGAAAGUCGCCAUGGAGUCGGCAUCCUCGGACUCCUGUGUCAGUAUGGAAAAGUUAGGGGAAGGAUCAUAUAACAAGUCUUUCCAGCUCACCAUGGCCAACGGGAAAGCAGUUGUCGCCCGAAUUCCGAAUCCGAAUGCUGGACCAGCUUUUUUGACAACAGCAUCAGAGGUUGCAACAAUGGACUUUUUAAGAAACACGCUCCACUUACCGGUCCCUAAAGUUCUUGCAUGGAAUUCUGCAGUUGACUCGACGAAUCGUGUAGGUGCUGAAUACAUCAUUAUGGAGCAUGCUCCGGGCAAAAAUCUCGCAGACAUUUGGACAGACAUGGACCUUGAGCAUAAGAUCCAAACAAUGGAAGAUAUAGUGACCAUCCAACAAAAGUUGUUAUUGUUGAAAUUUUCAGAACAUGGAUGCCUUUUCUAUAGUAAAGACGCACCUCCUGGAUCUCAUCCUGCAAUAAUUGAAGGAGAUACCUUGUCGCAUGAACUCAAGAACAAAAUUGCAAAGCAAUUUUCUAUUGGACCAAUGGUGGACAUGUCAUUCUGGAGUAAACAGCGGGGCAAUAUGGAUAUUGAUCGUGGGCCAUGGGCUUCUGCAAUAGACUAUAUGCAGGCUCUUGCCCUUCGAGAGAUAACUUGGAUUCAGAAACAUGCAACUCCACGUUCUCCUGACGACCCGUUAUUCGUUUCACACAGCCAAAACAACCCUACUGAACACGUUUCUCUUCUCCGGAGAUAUCUUUCUGUUGCUCCUCAUCUAAUUCCACGAGAGGAAGACUUUUCGGGGUAG